AGGGGCGCUACAGAAGAGAGAGAGUCCCGAGCAACAACUAUAGAAGCACGAGGGGGAGAGAGAGAUUGGGGGUGCGAGAAAAAUCUGUGACCCUUUGUGAAAAAGGGGAUCUUUGAAAAGAAUCGAUUUGGGUGGUGACGGAGAAGGGAGCAUUUCUUGGAUUUCCGGUAACUCCGGCAUCAUAUCCGGCGAAGACUUAUGCGUCCGGAGAGAACACAAACUUCACAGAGAAGCACAUACACCACCUUUAAGGAUUGACUUUUCCAUCUGGGUCUUGUACUUGAUUCUCCUCCAAUGGAGCGUAACAGAGAGGGUAGAAGAGCGAGUUUGGUAGCCGCUACCAAUGGCUUAUCCAGAAGGAGGCACAGACCCAACAGUCUCCGAGACUCCCCAGACGAAGACGGUCCGGCGGAGUUUUCUGAAUCGGCGAGGUUAAGAGAGAGAGUAAAGAAAGAUCGAGAUCGGGACCGGGAGAGAGAUAGAGAGAGGGAGAGGUCCAGUAGGAGUAAAAGGAGGAGAGGCGGAGAUAGAUUGAUUCACGGGAGUGAUAGAGGCGACGAUAGUUCGGCGGAGAGUAACUAUGAUGAGGAGUGCGAGGAUGACGACGGCAACCACCAGCAUCAGAGCAACGGCGGCAGCGGCGCUAGGUCGUUACCUCCAAAUCCUCUGGCGGCGGCUGCUGCUGCUUCCUUUCCCAACCAUCAUCACCCUAGCAGUAACACCAUCAAUCACCACCAGCAGAACCAUCUUCAGCACCGCAAGACUUUUCCGCCGAACAGUACAAAUGUUCUGAGGACAUCCCCUGUCUGGAAGUCCGGAGAUGAAAUGAUCGGCGGUAUUUCAGUCCCGAGAAAAGCUCGCUCAGCACAUACGAAGAGGUCUCAUGAUUGGGUUUCAUGCAAUAGCGGCGCCACCGCCGCCGCGAACGGUGGUGGAGUAGGAGGAGACCAAAAUCACCAGCAAGCAUCAACUUCGCCUGUGAGACAGAGUCUUGCGCUAUCGCCUACUUCUUCUAAUGCUUCCGGCCGGAAAAAGAUCAAGGCGAACAGUGGAGCUAAGCAGAGACCGCCCAAAACAUCAUCCUCUAAAUCCACUUCGUCAAACCGGGAGGAGCUGGAGAUAGAGAUUGCGGAGGUUUUGUACGGUUUGAUGACUCAAUCACAAGCUCCUCCUCCCAAGAAAGAAGUUGCAGCAACUAAUGAUUCCAGGGAAGUCGCAAAUAACAGAUCCGGUGGCGGCUGUGGCGGAGAUGCUGUGUCAUCACCUGUUUCCAACACUCAGUCACCGGCAAUUCUGCCUAUGAGCUCAAACUCCCCUUCUGCACCUUUUUCUGCUACUGCUCCUAAGAGGAAGAGACCGCGGCAAGUUCUUGAGCCUCAGAGCAGUCCUAGCAUUAGGAGCAGCCCAUCUUCUGCUUUUACAAAAUCUCAGAUCGACCAGACCAUGACGAUGAAGGCAGAAGCUUCUUCACCUAAUUCAGAGAAGACUGCAUUUGAGAAUAAUGGCGGCUCUUUGUAUUCGUAUGCUUCGCAGGGUAAGACUUUAUCAUUAGAUCCAGUGCCAGAAUCCAUGGCCGUGGUGGAAUCUGAGACCAGGCCAGCGGCAGGUGAACUCUCAUCUAGAGAAGACCAGGGAGGGGUUGGGAAAGUGGAGGAGGUUGCCAUCUUGCUAAACAAGGAAUCAGCUGCUGCUGUUACAGCAGAAGACAACAAUCGUGAUGAUUCUACAUCGACGGUUCCUGCUGCUACAACCAACAAACCUUCAGAUAGGUCUGAAGCUGAAAACCACACAGAGAAGAUCCAGAUAGAUCUGAUGCUAAGGCCUUCAUCUGAAGGGGAAGGAGAAGGAGAUGUCAAUUUUUGUUCCACUACAGUAGAUCACAAGAGAGGUGCAUCUAAUUCCAUCAAUCCGGAAAUGAAGCUUGACGAUGGAGAAUUGCGAAAGAUUGAUGAACAGAGUGUGGAAGUUGAAGAGAAGAAAGGGAGAGCUGAAGUAGUAGUAUCUGAUAAGAAGAUUGUUGAUGCUAAGGGAAGGGAUAUUGAUCUUCAGCUUGAUUUAGAAAAACGGGAAUGGGAUAGCGGGACUGCCAAUAACAGAUCACAGCAGCCAACUCAAAAACAGCAACCGCCAUCACUGCCGCCACCUUCAGCAAGAACCAACAAGGAACAAUCCAAUAUGGUUGUGGAGAAAUCUAGUCAAUCAGGCUCUUUGCCAAUGUCUAUGGCUAGCUGGUCUGGCGGGCUUCCUCCAUUGGGAUAUAUGGCACCACUGCAAGGAGUUCUAGCCAUGGAUGGAAGCACCAUUCCCUCUACACCAUUGCAGCCAGUGUUUACUCAACCUCGUCCAAAAAGAUGUGCCACACAUUGUUACAUUGCAAGGAAUAUACACUUACUUCAGCAGUUUAUGAAAAUGAACCCCUUCUGGCCACCAUCUGCGACCCCUUCAUCUUUGUUUGGUUCCAACGCAUGUAAUCUUAAUGUCGUCCCGGCAACUGAGUUUAAUGGAAACAUUGUUGGGAGGGGUGGGAGCACUGGUGGGCUGGAUAAGGGGCCUGGACUUGCCAUUUUUCCUGGUUUUGGUAGCAAAGAUAAAGGCUCUCAAGCACCUAAUAUUCCGGAUCCUGUUCACAGAAAGCAGCAGCAGCAAAUUCUCUUGCAGCAACCAUUACCGCCCCCUGCUGCACCUAAUAGCUUACUGCCAGGGCAUACUUACAUCAUUCCAUUGAACCAGCAACAAGCUGGCCCUCGGCCUGGGGCCUCAAAGUCCCCUGCUGCAGCGACUGGUGCCCAACAUGCUUUAUCAAAUGUAACAAAUUCUGGUGCUGGUGGUAGCAAUGCCUCUGCUACAGCUGGUGGUGGAACUCAUGCUGCCGUUAGUUUCAGUUAUCCGAAUGUGCCACCUAAUGAAACGCCAUACUUGGCAAUUCUACAAAAUAAUGGAUAUUUUCAGAUACCAGCAGUAGGUGCACCACUGAAUUACAGAGGAGCACAUCCACCCCAGCCUUUGCCAUUGUUCAAUGGCUCUUUUUAUUCUCCGCAGAUGAUUCAUCCACAACAGCUUCAACAGCAGCACCAGCAACAACAAACAAACUCACAAUCCAAGCAAAUGCAGCAAAACACUAGCAUGUCAAGCGGUUCCUCUUCGUCCCAUAAACACUUGCAAAACCAGCAGAAGCGUUCUCAAGGACAUGCUGCUGUCAAUGGCAACAAUGGAAAUGGAAAUGGAAAUGUUCAUAACUUCCCUGUCUCGAAGAGCCAUACAUCUCAAUCACAGCAGCAUCUACAGAGUCAGAACAUCAUACCCCCGCCUCAAGCUCGUCACAUUGAAAAUGAGUUGGGCGGCGGAGAUAGCCCAUCAACUGCUGAUAGUCGAGCACGUCCACCAGUCAAUGCAUACAAUCAGAAUUAUAUGAUGCAGAUCCAUCAUUCCAAUUUUGGUAUGAUGGCAACUUCUCCAGCUACCAUGGGUGUUGUAUCUGCUGCCCCUACAAGCAGUAGUGGAAAUCAGAAUGACAAGAGGCAGCAGCAACAGCAUUCCUUGAAAACUGGACUAGAAUCAAUGAUGCCUCAGAAUUUCACAAUGCCAUUUGCACCUCUAAGUACUGGGGGUUCUGCUCCUGGAAUUGACAUGUCAUCUGUGGCGCAUAACCAUGCUAUAUUUCAGUCUUUGCCUGAGGCUGCCAGGCAAAACUUUCAGAUGGUGGCAGCAGCUGCUGUUGCUGCCUCUCAGCAGAAGAAAAACUAUAGAGAGGAGGGUAGAGGUGGCGUUGGGUCUGGUGAUCCAAUGACUGCUGCGGUUGCUGAUGAAAGAAAGGUUUUGCAAGGAAAGGCAUCACCAGCUCAUCCUGCUGGUUUCAGACCAUCUAUGGGAUUCUCAGGGUCUGAUGGCACAGAUGUUUCUGCUUCCAAAAUGACUGCUAACACCAAUGUAAUGGAUACCUCAAGGGCAUCCAUGAGUCCAGCUUGGACUGCACGUGCUGUCAUGCCAUGCUCUCCAGGGAGUGUCAUUUCAAAUGCUCAGUUACAUGCUCAAUAUCAACAGCAGAUGGUGCAGCAGCUUCAAAAGCAGCAGCAGCAGCAAUUAGGCACAUCCGUCAACCGUACUAAAGCACCUACAACUAUUAAUAAUGGUACUGCUGAAUAUUUGACUUCAUCUGUUGGCACUGGUGGUGUGAAGUUCUCGAACACAAUUUCUGCUUUUCCUCAGAAUCUUGUCCAGAUAAGUGGCAAUACCAGUAGUAGCCCCACUCACUCUUCUCCCCAGUGGAAAGCUUCUGCUGCGAGAGCUUCUACCUCCCAAGCAGCACAGACUUCUUCAUUGGUGUCUGCUUCAUCAUCUCAUAAAAACCAUACUCAGCAGCAGCAGCAAAUGAGAAUGCAACAGAAUCACACCCAAAUAUCUUUUGGGACAAAUCAUAAAUCAACUGUGCAAGGGCAGCAUCACCCCCCACCAAGCAGCAGUAAUCAAUCGCAGUCUUCAACAAUGAUGGCUGGAUCCCCAACUACAUCCUCUAUCUCAAAAGGGGCCAGUGGCAGUAGUCCGAGAAGAGCUAACUCUGCGUCCAUGAGUAACAAAAAUGACCAGGCUCCAACAAUGGCACCACAACAGGGCGGGAAAGCAUCUGUUCAACAAAUCGCCAACCAGAAGUCGUCAUCUCCAGCAGGUGGGAGGAGCACUCCUUCAAUUCUUGGAAACCAACAGCACAUUCCUACAACCUCGGGCAGUGGAAGCAAAAGUCAAAUACAGCAGCAGCAUUUGCAGAAAAGUGUAGCGCAACAAUCUCAGCUCUUCUUCUCGGGUUCUUAUGGGCAAUCACAAUCUACAAGCACUGGUUCUGCUUCUGCCACUAGUGGUUAUUUUGCUCAAAGGAGGCGGCCGGAACAGCAACAGCAGCACCCUCUGAGUUCAACAGUGCCACCAACCUCUCCAACUGGUAUGUUAAAUAUGUGUCCUGUUUCUUUGGGUGGAGGGACCAUUUCCAAUCCUGGAAAAUCAAAUGCAGCCACUGCAGCGGCUUCUGCAAAUUUGAGAGGUAUCAGCGUGCCACCACAACAAGCUCUUCAUGCUGCCCAGUUUUCAUCACAGUCAUCUGGGAAUCAGCAUCACAUUUUGCCUGCUGGUUUCUCAUAUGUUCAACAGCAUCCAUCUGCUGCUUCUGUGAAACCUACAGAGCAAAAACAGCCUGCUGGUAAGUAACUGUAAUUCCAUCUUCCGGCUUUAUGGAGUUAAUGUUUUGGAACUCCGCUUUAGAGAGUAUGGGGCGUUUAAGAUUGAAUGAGGACUAGUUUUUGAAGCAUAGCAAUAAUUUCUUGACCAGGAAAUGAUAGUUUGCAUGCAUGCUGGCAGCUUGACAAGGGAUGAAUGUGUGAUCAUUAGCCAAUGAGGCAGGAGUUCCUCCUGUGAAUCCCAAAAAAUCAAGGGCCCACAAAACUUGAAGUUCAGCACCAUGGAGUGGGCUAAACGUGAUGUGGCUUUAUGCAUGAACGUGGGUUGUUUUGAAGCAUUGAUGGAUGGAUGUGUGUAUAGUCUGAUGGCAUGGGGAUGAAAAAAAUUGACUUUUAAGGAAAAAGGAUGAUCGUGUUGAAUGACUAGAAGGAAGAAGUUUAGCUAAGAAGCAGAAGAAUGUCCUGGGUUAGCGUUUAGCUUAUGGGAUCGAUCAUUCUGCCCGUUUUUCGAUCUUCUGUUUUUGGGGUUAGGCGUAGCAAAGGGUUCGUUGUUAUUCGUUAUUCUUUUUCUUUCCUUGGGAGUUUUUAACUGCAGAAAUGAAAAAGCAGUUUCUGGACAGAGUCCUGUUUUGAACAUAAACAUAUAUGUAUGUAUGUAUGUAUUGGAAGGUGCAUAAUGACUAGCUCAUGAUAGUUUCUUGAUUCUUACUGCUGUUAUAGUUUUAUCUC